AUGUUUUCCUGUCUACAAAUAGUCAAUGUUAUCCGUCAAGAUUUCAAGUCUGCUCGUUCAACCCUCUCUUAUUUACUGUCUGAAACUAAACAGUUAACAAAAAUUGAAACUCGAGCAGUUCGUGCACUUCGUAUCAGUUUUAUCAUUUUGAUUUGCCUAUUCUACUUAUUAAUUGAAUGUAAUCUUAGUAACAGUUUAACACUGACAGCAUUUACGCAUUUAUUAAUAUUCGAUUUACUCUCUGUGCUUGUCGCUUUGGUAAGUCUAUGGACAUAUCGUAAAAAAGCCUCAGUGGAAUCCUACACUUUUGGUUAUGAAAGAUUUGAAGUUGUCAGUGUAUUCGCUGCUACUAUUUUAGCUAUUCUCUUAUCAUUUUUUGAAAUAAAAGAAGCUGUUGAACGGAUAUUUGAACCUUCAGAGAUAUAUUCAAAUCAUAUGAUUACGCCAUGUUUAAUCGCUUUCGGUGUUCAUCUGUUGGCUGUUUAUGGAAUUGACAAUAUGGCUUUUACACAUGUCAUUCAAGCCUGUGGUUCAAGUUGGCUACAGGAACAUACAACUGAUAUAAGCAGAACAAUUUGUCAAAUUAUUCCUGGCCUAUCACGUGUCCUACUACCUCGAGUUAAUCCAAUCUCUUUAAUCGGUGUUAGUACAACUACAACAGUUUGUAUUGUCUAUUUUAUAUUAGCCAAUAUGUCAAAAAGUUCAGAGAUGAUGUCCGGCUUUCCAGAUCCAUUGCCAGACACAUUAGGUGCAAUAAUUAUAUCACUUAUGCUAUUUGGUACAAUGACACCUAUGAUGUUGUACAGUGGUCGAAUAUUGUUACAAACAACCCCGGCUCAUUUAGUCAGUCCGUUAGAUAAAGCACUACGUGAAGCUUCUACGGUAGAUGGUGUACUUGAAUUACAAAAUGAACAUAUGUGGUCAAUUGGUUAUAAAAAUCUUGCAGGCAGUUUAUAUGUACGUGUUCGUCGUGAUGCUAAUGAACAACUGGUGUUAGCACAUGUUACUAAUCGUCUGUGCAGUUUAGUGAAAUAUUUAACAAUACAGGUUUAUAAAGAUGAUUGGACACGAGCAACAAACUCUUUCAUUAUUAAUUGGACACCAGCAUUAAAUCAAUCAACUCUGCCUAGUAGUAGUGGAUUAAUUAAAACUGAUGUAAAAUCCAAUUUUCCGCUGACAACACCAACACAACCGGUACAACCGCAACAUCAUCACCAUCACCACCACCAACAACACCUACAACCAAUAUCAUCAAAUAUUGUUAAACAACAUGAGCAUAAUGCAUUGAAAUCUCACUCUCAUUUGUAG